UCGGUUCGGGUCUGGCAAAUGGAUUUGCGAGACUUCAAAGUUUGUCGAAGGCGCUAUUUGGCAUCAGUUGUAGUCGACGCGUGGAUACUAACAAAAGGAGUGUGUUUUUAGCUCGUGUUUUAGUGGGGUUUUUUUUCGAACAAAUUUGUUUGUACAGUUUGAUUGAAAUAUAUCCAAUCUGUGUCAGAAAAUUAAAAAAAAAAAAUAAAUAAAAUUUGAAAAACUAUUAAAUGAUCUACCUAUCGUUUGUGUUUUAUUCAGACGAACAGACGUUUUGAGUUAAGAAAUGGCUCUAUAAAAAUUAAUUCAACUUUACAAAGUGAUAUAAAAAUUAUAAAACCCAGUGAACUUUAUUGAAAUAUAAAAAAAGUGACAUUAAAAAAAAUAAACAGCAUUAAAAAUGAUGAAAUUAUUUAAAAAGAAGGAUACUUUAAAAUCCGAAAUAAUAACAACUUCACCAACAGAACCAGUUCCAACAAAUGGAAAAAAAUUAAAUCUAACCUGUUUGCAAUUGGAACGCAGACUACAUAAAGAACUGAUGUCAUUGAUUAAGGAACCACCACCAGGAGUUACUGUCGAUGCCGAGAGCAUAAGUCAAAAUUUAGCCGAAUGGAAAAUCAAUAUUGAAGGUUUUGAAGGAACCUUAUACGAAGGCGAACACUUUCAACUGCUAUUCAAAUUCAAUAACAAAUAUCCAUUUGAUUCGCCUGAGGUAACAUUUAUUGGAUCAAAUAUUCCAAUCCAUCCGCAUGUAUACUCAAAUGGUCAUAUCUGCCUAUCUAUUUUGACUGAUGACUGGUCACCGGCAUUAUCGGUGCAAUCUGUGUGUCUUAGUAUAGCUUCAAUGUUAAGCAGCUGUCGUGAAAAGAAACGACCUGCCGAUAAUACACUUUAUGUUAAAACGUGCAAUAAAAAUCCUAAGAAAACGAAAUGGUGGUAUCAUGAUGAUUCAGUGUAAUCAAGCUUAUUCCCCAGCCGUUCCCUUUUCUGGAAAACAAUAUGGUUUCCCCUGAGAUAACAUAAAUUUUCUAAAACAAAAAAGUCUUCGAAGAUUUUCUUGUUCAAAUACUAAAAAUACAACAAAUACAAAAAAAAAAAAAUAAACAAAUUAACUGUUGAGAACUAAGCUUCGAAUUUCAAUUAUUGUUUUAUCGAUAAUUUUGUCUGUAUAAAAAAAAGAGAGCAACCCUCUUAUGUAUUAUUGUUUAGUGUCUAAAAAAAAAACUUUUCUGGCGAUUAUAUAUGAUAUAAUUUAUUUGUAAUUCAAUCCACAAAAAAAUGUUAUUGAUAAGAUUCUCUUUCAAAUCAAUAUCAGUGACGCAAUCAACAAACCCAAGUGAGUGGAAAAAAACAUAAACAAAAGUAAAUUUAAAAAACAAAAUGUGAAUCUGUUUGGCCUUAAAUCAAAAGUAAAAAAAAAAUAAAAAAAAAAACAAAUAUUUAAAUAGAAACAAAAAUAUAUCAAAAUAUAUAAAAAAAGUCCAUAUAAAAAGAAAUAAAUUAUUUAUGAACAAAAAAAAAAUAAUAACUACAACAACAACAAAAUAAAAAAAAAAAAAACAUUCCAAUAACAUCGGAACCACUUAUAGGUAUAUUAGAAAUUAUUCUACUUCUGAUGCGUUGCUCUGCUAAACUUUCUAACUCUAAUUUACAAACACAAAGCAAAUCUAUUACAUAUACACACACAAACACCACACUGAAUGAUCUCCUUCUCUAUUUUUAUUGUAUACUAUAAUACAAUAAAACAAAAAAAUAAAAUACAAAAUCAGCAAAAAAAAAUAGGAAA